ACAAGGUUCCGCGCGUGGAUUCCGGACAUAUUUAGCGGUUGCGUCCGCCCCGGCUGCUUCUCAUGUAGGAAGUCAACCGUUAACGUCAGUUGCUCUCCAAAACGAAAAUACCGGGUUAAAGGGCAGGUUUUUACCAGAAGCAGACUGUGAGUUCAAGCCAUGGCUGGACCUGUCAGUCUGGAGCUGGAUCCCAUCUUCCUAAAGGGACUGAGUUACCUGCACUCCAAGAGUAAAGACUCCGUUGAGAAACUCAAAGCUUUGCUAGAUGAGUCCCUUUCAAGAGGAAGUGACUCAUGCUACCGUUCAUUACAAAAAGAUGUCGAAGUGUCCAAGGGAUCUGUGUCAAAACUGAGCUUAAGUAAACAGGACUCCAAGUCCUCCUCAAGUUCCUCGUCCUCCAGCAGCAGCAGUAGCAGUAGUAAGUCCAGCUCGGAAAAGAGUAAGAAAGAGGUGGAGAAGAGACCUGUUGAGAAGGUCAGGGUUGAGUUGAGUGAGGUGGAACCUCCGAAGAAGCCUCGUUUGGAGAAACCGGAGAAUCGCUCGUCUCCGAUCACCGUCCAGACGAGCAAAGACCUUCUGCCAAACAUAAACGACUACGAUGAGACCAAUGCCGACGACUUUGCCAUGGAAAUGGGUCUGGCUUGUGUGGUUUGCAGACAAAUGACGGUGACAAUGGGAAACCAGUUGGUUGAGUGCCAGGAGUGCCAUAAUCUGUACCACCAGGACUGUCACAAGCCCCAAGUGACCGACAAAGAAGUGAACGAUCCACGACUUGUGUGGUAUUGUGCCCGCUGCACCAGGCAAAUGAAACGUAUGGCAUCGAAACCUCCACAGAAGCCGUCCCCUGCCUCUGCGUCUUCAGCGCCCGUUGUGAAAGACACACUGGUGAAAAAGACGGAGCUUAAAGCCAAGCCCGACACCGCCAGCACCUUCCAAGCCUUCAAAAGAACAGAAGUGAAGGCAUCCACAACAUCAGCCAACCCCACCAGCAGCAGCAGCUCCUCCUCCUCAGGCAGCGGUCUGACAGGCUGGGCUGCAUUUGGCGCCAAGACGGGCCCGUCUCUUCCUGCCAGCUCCAAACUCGGUUCCUCGGGCCCAAGUGGGAGCCACAAGACCUUGACAACUCCCUCUAGCCAGAAACCUGCCGGGCUGUCUGGGCUAGCAGGAGCCAAGUCGGGACUCGGGAGUGCAAAGACACCCGGGAGCGGCAACGGAAACGGCUCGAGCCAGGCGCCUCUAAAACCUCCUCCGCCCCUGACUCUGGGUAAGCAGCCACUAAACCGCUCAGCGAGCGGUGAAAGCCAAAGUAAAGGGUCUUCUUCAUCGGGGGCCGGCUCCCCGAGUGGCUCGCAAGCAAGUGGAGGAGGGAACGGAGGAAACAACGGAGGAGGUAACGGGAACAAUGGGAACGGGUCAAAAGCUCCACCAGGCGACAAAGCACCAACGUCCCAAGAGUCCCAACUUAACGCCAUGAAACGGUUACAACUGGUGAAGAAGAAAGCGGCGCAGAAGAAACUGAAGAAAUGAGUAGCGGGAGGAGAGAGAAAACAAAGAGGGAGUAGAAAAUAAACGCUUAAACAAUGUGGAAUUAGUGCCAGAGCAUUCUGUUUGUAUUGAAAGAUCAUUUGUACACGAGGAACUCCAUCCAGUCAAAUACUUGAAUCUUGCUUUGUGUAAAUGUUGCUGGAGCGCGUCCCUCGUUCUGUCCUGACAAGUCUAACCGUUGAAAAGUGUCACUUUUUAUCAACAAACUCAUUAAAGCUCUUCUUGUAAACUGGCAGUAGCAACGACUGUG